CAAUAUUUGCUGGUAAGACAAGUAGUCAGAUAAACGGAUAAAACAUUUCUAGUAAACCGCAAACAUUGACAUGAGGCGCUUUUGGAUUUUUAUAGUUGCGUUAACAAUGCAACAAUCUAAGGCUUCAUUGACUGCCAGUGGAGAGGGCUUCUAUUCCAUCGUCGCGCCGGGCACUCUCAAAUCAAAUCGCAAAUACACCGUAGCCAUUACGUUGCAUGAAAAUCCACAGCCAGCAACAAUACGCGUUAGCAUUGAAGGCCCUAGAUACAAUGAAUCCAAACAGGUUACAGUUGCACCAUUAGAGACGCAAGAGCUGCACUUCAUGCCACCCAAACUCCACUACGAAAAGUAUAAUCUUUAUGCCGAAGGUUUGAACGGCUUAAAGUUUAGAAACGAGACUUCGCUGAAUGUGGAUGAUUCAGCGGGACCAAAAAUUUACACACAAACUGAUAAGGCACGUUACAAGCCAUUGGAUUUGGUACGAUUUCGGGUUGUCAUUCUGGAUGAGCACACAAGACCCCUCAACAUUAGUGAACCUAUGCGUGUAGAUAUUUUGGAUUGCAACGAAAAUCGUGUUAAGCAAUUUAAGGAUAUUGUUCUCAUCCAUGGCGUAUACACCGAUAAUUUUAAUUUAUCUGAAUUCCCUGCUAUGGGACCUUGGCAAAUUGUUGUUACAAUAAGUGGCAAAUAUGGCUAUUCAAAAAGGAAGUUUUUUACAGUUGAGAAAUAUAAACUGCCAAAGUUUUACGUCGAAAUUGAUACUCCAAAGGACUUGACUCCAGCCAAUCGAGAGUUACAAAUAAUGUUUUUUGGUAAAUACACCUUUAACAAAUAUGUCGAAGGCAAUGCCACCGUUAGUUUGUUUAAAGAAGAAUUUUAUGAGUCGCAUUUUUUGUUGAAAAAACAACUGGCUGUUAAGGAGACGGCAAUUGUUAAUAUAAAAACCGAAGACAUUCCAAACUAUCAUACAAUUGAGAAAUUGUCACUGAGGAUACAGCUAACGGAUAAGUUUAGUGGUGACACAAAAGGGAAAACAGAAUUCAUAAACAUUCACCCAGAAACAUAUCAGAUAUCUGUAAAUCCUGCUGAUAUAGAAUUCAAUGGUAGAAUCCCUUAUCGCUUGAAAGCAUAUGUUCGAGAAUGGAAUGGCAUGGCAGUAAUGGAUAGCAAAACACCCGUACAUAUGAAACAUGGUGAUAGAAUUUACGAAGCACACUUAGAUAAAGAAGGAUCUGCCACAUUCGAGUUCAAACACGAACCUUUAUCGGAUCACAUAAUCAAAUACAAAGAUUCCUCGGCUUCAUUACCCAACAUUUUAGGCGAUAACAAAUCGCAGGACAAAGAGAAAGAUUCAUUUUGCCGAUUGACUUUACUUAAUGGCAGUCCAACAUUGGGUAAAAUGCUUGAGAUUGAGGUCACCUCUUCCAAGGAUAUUCCAUAUAUCGUAUACACUAUCAUUGGACAUGCAAACAUAGUACGUAUGGGACUCAUCAAGUCUACAACUAAGACCAAAUCCCAAAUUAUACGAUUGAUGCCUACUAUUGAAAUGGUACCAAGAUCUUUUGUAUAUGUUCACUAUGUUCAUCGGGGUAACUAUCGUUAUGAAGAAAUGACCUUGGAAUUUCCAAAUGAGUUCGAAAAUAAGAUUGCAGUUACAGCUCCGCACCAAGUAAAGCCAGGACAGGAGGUAACGCUUAAUAUCAAAGCUCUGCCAAAGUCGUAUGGUUGUAUCUUGGCGGUGGAUUUGGGUGUCUAUCUUCUCGAUAGUAGUUAUGAUAUAUCCAGAAGUAUAAUAUUUUCGGAUUUGCUUAGAGAUCGCACACAAAGUCCGGUGCAAUCAACGAAAUAUCCUGGCAUUGUAUCUGGAACAUUAACAUUGACAAAUGCUCACUAUCCUUUCACUGUUCUCAAGGAUAUUCUUUAUCCAUCGGGGGAAGGUGCCUUAGGAUUGGAUGCUAGAAAACGGUUUCCAGAGACAUGGAUUUUUCAAAAUUUAGAAAUUUCAGAAGAGAAUACUAAAGUAACUUUGAACAUACCUGACACUAUAACAACUUGGCGAAUAACCACAUUUUCCGUGCACAAUGAUAAAGGUUUCGGCAUGGCUGAAGAUGCAACAAAUAUCGUAACAACACUACCCUUCUUCAUCGACGUCAAUCUUCCAUAUGCUGUGAAGAGGGGUGAAAUAGUGGCCAUUCCUAUGACUCUAUUCAACUAUCACAAUAUGUCUCUUGAAGCUAAGGUUACCAUGUAUAAUGGCGAACAGGAAUUCGAUUUUAUGGAUGUAGAAAUGUCUGCAACCGCCGACGUGCGACUUCGAUCAAAGAAUAUAACUAUUUCGCCGAAUGGUGGCCAAAGUCUUUCCUUCACCAUACGACCUCGGAAACUGGGAGAAAUUUCGUUGAAUAUAACUGCCAAUUCGAACCUUUCAUCCGAUGCUGUUUUGCAUAAGCUUAAAGUGGAACCCGAGGGCAUCAAAGAGAACGACAAUCAACCUCUUCUCGUAAGCAUACCGGUAAAUGAAGCAGUAGCUUCCACCAUUAACGCUGAAAUUCCUAAUAAUAUUGUAGCCGAGACCGAGUUCAUAACUCUUUCCAUGACAGGUGAUGCUCUGGCACCUAUUUUGGAAAAUUUAGAUGGUUUGGUAUUAAUGCCCACCGGCUGUGGUGAACAGAAUAUGGUUAAUUUUGCUCCAAACGUUUUGGUUCUUCUUUAUUUAAAAGCCAUUGGCAAGUAUGGCCAAGAACGAGAGUUGGUUAAGCGAGCCAAAAAUUACAUUGAGAUUGGCUACCAACAGGAGUUGUCAUUUCGCCACACCAACGGUUGUUACAGUGUAUUUGGCGAAAAACGUGAUCGUGAUGAGGGCAGCACCUGGUUAACGGCUUACGUAAUAAGAUUCUUUAUUAAAGCAUCGGCAUUCACAUCUAUUGAGCAACGAAUCAUUUCAAGUGGCCUAGACUACUUGGCUGAAAAUCAGCGACCCAACGGUGAAUUUACCUUUACUGGGUAUUUAUUUUAUCCAGCUCAGCAGAAUCGAUUUGGAUUUACUGCAUUUGUUUUGAUGACUUUUCUGGAGGAUAGGAGACAUUCUCAGAAAUAUAAAAGCGUCAUUGAGAAAGGCCUGAACUUUCUUAGCGAGAAUUUGAAUGAUAUAAACGACAUUUAUGCACUUUCCAUAAUGGCGGCAACCUUAAAAAUGGCCAAACACAAAGACUCUACAAAAAUCAUUGAGAAACUUAUGGAGAAAAUCAAUGAAAAGGAUGGUCUUCGCUGGUGGUCAGCCAAUGACAAAAGCAGUGAAAAGGAUGUCGAAAUAACUUCCUAUGUUCUUAUAGCUCUAUUGGAGACACCAGGCAAUUAUGGGCCGAUUAUUAAAUGGCUACUGGGACAACGCAACAGCCAAGGAGGUUUUAUGUCCACCCACGAUACCGUAGUGGGUUUGCAGGCCCUGGUGAAAUAUUACAAAUCGAAUACCCAUAAAAGCCCUGGCAUAAAAUUACAAUAUGUGGCCGAAGAUGAUAAGGGUAUAACCAUGAAAACAGAUGAAUUUGCUAUAGACUCCGAAAGCAACAUUGGAAUCCAGACACACAUUUUACCACGUUCAACGCGCUUUGUAAAAUUCAAUGCUACUGGUAGUGGUCAAUCGCUUUUGCAACUUUCUUCCCACUAUUAUAAGGCCUCAGAUGAGGAUACUCAACAUUUUCAGAUAAAAACUAGCAGUGAAAGGGUGAACGAAAAUACCAUAGAUUUAGACAUAUGCUUUAGCUAUCAACAGAGCGAUGGCUCUGCCUUUACCAACAUGGUCAUUAUGGAGGUAAAUCUGCCUUCAGGUUUUCGCACAGAUGCCGAAUUCAGCUACAAUCUUCUGGAAAAUGAACUCAUACAAAGAAUUCAAGCGCAAAAGGAUGAUACUAUUCUGGUUAUUUAUUUCGAUAAUUUGGCUGCAAAUAAGCAAAACUGUAUAACGGUCUCUGCGGACAAAACUCAUGACGUAUCGCUGCGUAAACCUUCAGCCAUUCGGAUGUAUGACUACUACAAUAUAAGUCGUUCGAAUACAGAAUUUUAUAGCAUUGAUGAUUAAGAGUUGAAAAUAUACAAGUAACACUUUCAGACAAUAAAUCUGCUUUUUAUGGAA